UAACGGACGUACUAUUUUUACAUAGUUCACGAUAUACAGCAUAAUACAUACGAAACAAAAGUUAGAAGUUAGAUAUUGAUAUAUUGAUGUUAACUAAAAACGGCUUGCAAACAUUCAAUGAAAAUAAACGUGUUUUUUUUUCACAAUGAAAAAGUGUUAAAGUGCGUUUUGUAUUUUCUAUUCAAAUCAGUAUUAUAGCAUAAUGUAGUGAUUUAUAUUUUGUGUACAAUCAUUUUCAUAUUUAAAAGUGCUAUGUUGACGCCAGAAACAUGGAUAACGUGAGAAAUUUUAAAUUUCUAUUAUUGGGUUCGUUUGUUGUGACAAUAGUCUACACUAUAUAUCCCAAGUUAUAUAUAGGCACGAGUGAGCCUAUCCAGAAAUACAGAAAAGAAAUUUUUAUACAAUUUUACAAUGGUACUGAAGAUUUCUUAAUAGACACGCCUGGAUGUUUCAUACCAAAUUAUAUGAAAACGAUGAAAUUCAAAGAAGUGCACGAUGCCAAGAAACGGUGUGGUAAACGAGCAGUAUUUAUUAAGAAGAUAUCAAAUGACGUAGUAUUGUUUACAAUCAACGAAAUUAAAAUGAGAUAUUAUACAAAGAAGAAGUAUUCAUGUUGCUACCAAUUCGCUGGUCCGUCUUAUGUUUCAGGAAAGAUAGAUUAUACUUCAUUGAGAUAUUCAAGUUGUAUAGAUUUUAAAAAUGGAACGGAAACAUUUCUGAAGGAGGAAGUAAUAACUGUAAAGUGCAAACACAAUUCAGAUAAAAAAGUUAUAAUCUACGAAGACGCAUAUGCAAUACUGAAAAAAAUUAAAAGAACCUAUGAAAAGCGGGACGACGAGAGACCUUGGAACAUUUUAAUAUUAGGAAUGGAUACCAUUUCAAGAGGUCGUGCUUACAGCAGUUUGCCAAAAACAACUGAUUAUAUGUUAAGACACGACUGGUUAGACUAUAGAGGAUACCAAAAGGUAGGAUACAACACAUUCCCGAAUGUAAUGUCUUUAUUGACUGGCAAGAACAUGUCAACAAUAUACAAAGCCUGCUCAUCGGGCAUGGAUAAAUGCAACCAUAUGAUUUUAUGGUCACAAUUUCAAAAGGCCGGUUACGUAACCGCUACUGGUGAAGAUUACUUGAGACUGCCAGACACUUUUGGUAAAUACGGAUAUAAAACGUCGCCCACUGAUCAUUACUUACGGCCACUCUUUCUGACGGGAGAACAUUCGUAUGGGAAUCUUGUAUGCACGAAGAAAAUGGCAUCGCCGAAUCACAUCCUCGAUUACGCUACAGCGUUUUCAGAUACUUACAAAGACGAUAAAUUCUUUGGGAUGUUUUGGUUUAAUUCAUAUAGUCAUAAUCUAGAGAAUAAACCUCAACUUAUUGAUGAUGGAAUCAUUAAUUUCUUCAAUAACCUCAACAGCUCAGGCGUAAUGAACAAUACUUUUAUACUUUUCUUAAGCGAUCAUGGAAUGCGGUACGGCAAAAUGAGAGAACAAGUCGAAUCGUAUUACGCAGAACGUCUACCGAUGCUUUUCAUGUGGGUCCCUGAGGAUUUCCGAAAAAUACACUCACAAGAAUACACAAAUUUAGAAAUCAAUCAAAAUCGUUUAAUAACGCCGUAUGACUUACGCUUAACACUAUGGGACAUAAUGGUCAAGUCGAAAAUUACAACACACAAAAUUGAUUCUGAAGCUUGUCCAAAGUGUGAUAGCAUUUUUAAUGAAAUAAGCCCCUAUAGAAAUUGCGCAGACGCAAACGUCGACGAGAAAUGGUGCACGUGUCAUACAAUGAAAAGCGUCGAUCAGAAAGAUAAAGACGUAAAACUUAGUAUCGAUUUCGUUGUAACAUAUUUACAAAAUAAAACCAAAUAUAUAGAGACGACUUCGUGCAUGAAAUGCGCGAUGUUAAAUCUAAAAACAAUUUUACGAACACACACAUACCGCGACGAAUCUCUUAACAGCACUUAUUUUGUAUUAGGAUUAUUAAUGACUCCAGCCAAUAUCGGUUAUGAAGCUACGAUUGUAAAACGUAAUGGAGAAUUGAGUAUCAUGCAGCCUACUUAUACAAUAACUAGUUAUAACACCAGAGGUAAUUGCGUUAUUGAACCAAAUCAUCGUUCCUAUUGUGUUUGUGAAAAAAAAGCAAAAUGUAAAAUUAAACAAUAAAAAGUU